CUAGUGCUAUUAUACUAUGGACUACCUGGUAACACUAUGUGACUAUAUUAUAACUGGGGAAUAUACUAUAACAUGUGGAUUUAUAGGUUAUUUUCAUUGCAAGUGAAAUGCUUGAAAAUGUCUCGAAAAUAGCAAAAAUCAAGAACAAAAGUUUGUGAAGAAGAUAAAUCAGAAGACCAUUACCUUAUAAAGACAACACAUUAUCUGGUACACAGACAAACCGAUAAGUCAAGCCCAGAUUCCAGAAUGCCAUCAGACAAUCAUCAUUUUUACAAACACCUAUCUUCAUUAUUAUUUUUGUUUUUAGGGAUAUUGGUGAUCUUAAUUUUGUCAUUGUAUACAAAAGUUGAUACUUUACAGUCCAACACUCAAAGUUUGCUGGAAAAAGUCAAUCAGUUAGAGACAGAGUCAAAUGAAAAGUUUUCUAACCUUGUAAGGGAGACAAAAAGUUGCACUUCAUCAAUACAAAGAAUUAAAAGAAAUGAAGAAAGAAUGAUAGAUACCAGUAAUAAAAUAAGUGAUAUUCUACUGUCAGUUGGAUCAAUAAGAAAUGAUUUUGAAACAAAUAUAACAAAAAUGAAAGAAAUGUUGAGCAAGGAAAAGUCUGAUUUAGAUUAUGUGGUUAAAAAAAUAGAAACUGUUAUAACAGAACAAAAUAAUGUUAGGACAAUGAAGGAAGAGAUGAUUACUGUGAAAAGGUCUAUUGAACAAUGUCUCACUUUAAAAGAUGAUGUCAUUGGCAAUGCUGACAGAUUAAGAAAUGUGAAUAUGCAGAUGGAAAAAUUCAACAUAGAUUCAUCAAUUCUUCAGCAAAAACACAAUCGGUUCAGUCAAAAGAUACACGAUAACUAUAAAAAAAUGAUUCAGUUAAAAACAUUUACUCAAAAGUAUGUUUUUGAUAAUGAGGCAUAUAUGCACAGUUCUUUUGAAAUGCUAAAAAAAGAUGUGGAAAAAAUAUAUCAGAAUAUUUCUGCCAUUGAUAUUAACUUAAGCACAGGGUUAAUUAUGUUAGACAACUUUAAGCUGUUAGUGGAAACUGUACAACAGGUAAAAAUAACGAAAAUGGAAGUUAAAUUAGAUAAAACACAACAUUCAUUCAGUUCUUUAUUAACGGAAGUAAAAACCCAUGGUGAAGAGAUCUCAACAAUACUAGAAAGAUUACAGACCUUGAAGAAAACUACUGAAAUCUUAAGUAUGGAUAUUGGAGGCAAAUGGUUACUGGUACAGACAAUGACUGUUCUUUUAGUUUUGUUUGUUUUUACCAUAUGUGGUGCUCAGUUUUAUAACAGUAAGACUAAGAUUGGCGAAAUGGAGAAGAAAAUACAAUACCUUACAGUAAACAAGGAUAAACCAUCCUUGCAGUAUGAGUCCCUCAGUAUUGUUGAACAAAUAAAGAGAAAACAACCAGAGGAACUUGAGAACAUGUUCUGUGUAAUAAGUUUCAGUCAAGAAACACACAACAAACAUAGAAGAAUAACAAGACCUAGUGUGGAGGGUCGACUGAGGAUAAAAAAAAUGGACGAAGCAGAUUUCGUGGUAACCAAUGAUAAAAGUGUGUUGAAUAUACCACGCUGUAAAGUUCUAUUGGUGUUUGUGGACCACAAUCAGAAAGAUGUGAUUUUAGAGACCCCAGGUGAAGAUGAAGAAGAUAUCAAAUUAUUAACCGUACAGGCCUGCCGUAAAAUCGGAGGCGAUGUGUUUGUGAUAUAUGUAGGUGAUGAAGGAUCAGAAUCGCUGAUGGCAGGAUGUCUUUACAACCCACAGUUGACAACAGUAGCAGAACAUUUUGAACUCAAACAACUUGAGCAGAGAAACCGAGUUAUAACAUGCCAUGAGAAGUUCACCAUUACACAGCGAGAGAAAGUUGCUCAGGCUAUUGCUUGAUUCGAUCAGUUCACACACUGUUGAGGACAGAGAAUGGUCUUUUUCCUUGUUGUUUUUUUGUUGUUUCUAUGACUAACUAAUUCUGAAAAUUAUGAUAUAAAUGUCCGAUUAAGUAAUGUAAAAACAUGCAAGAACAUCAAUUUUAAUACAAUUUUAAAGUAAAGGUUGGACCACUGAGUUUUGCUUGAUUUUACUACAAAAUAGAAAAUAUUAAAAUUGAAAGUUUAGUUGUUGUAGAUAACUUUCAUCAGGGACGAUGAAACCUUAACAUUUGAAUUUUAAGAAUGUAUCAAAACGUUGCUACGUUUUGAGUUUAUUGCGGAAAGAGACAUAAGAAGAAUAGCCAAAUUCAUCCCAGGUCAACUUUGCCUGAGGGAGUUGUAACAUUGGUUUCUUAAUAAUUUCUGAAUUUAUCACCGAAUUUUUUAUAUUAACGUUAUAAACCAUGUAGUAUACUGCACAUUCUUUUUCGUCAGAGAUUUCAUCUAAUGUUUUCAUUAUCAAAGAAUUCAUCUAAUGUUUUCAUUAUCAAAGAAUUCAUCUAAUGUUUUCAUAAUUAAAGAAUUCAUCUAAUGUUUUCAUUAUCAAAGAAUUCAUCUAAUGUUUUCAUUAUCAAAACAACUUAUAAGUUCUUGUCUACAAUAAACAUUUUUAUGACAGAGUACAUUAUUGAUAGGGUUUAUUCUUUUGUCAGUCUUAUCUAUUCUGUUUUCGGUAAAACAUGUGCAUAUCAAUAUUCCACGUUAAUUCCUUUAUAGAUUUUCAGGGCGUGUAUAUGGUCUUUGUGACUCUACUUCUUUUCACAAUAUGUUUUUGCCUUGAUGUUGCCAAUAUUAGACUCCAAUCGGGAAAAAAAUAAAUGUAUGUUGGUGGAAACUCUUGACCGACCAUAGAUUCUUAUGAAAUGUAUGUUUCGAUUAAUAUGCUACUUAAUCCAGAGACUUGGCAUUUAUCUAUUAUGAAUUUCUCUUUUGACUAUAUGGGUAAAAUAUGAAGAAGAUUCCUCUCUUCGAAAUUUUUUUCUCAUUUGCAUUGUGAUGAUAGCUGUACAAUGCUUGCUUUAAAUCUAAACAUUGUUAUGCUUGGAACCUCUUGGGUGCUACUGGCACAUUGCAGUCUCUGAUUAGAUUACAGGUAGUAUUUUGAUAUACUUUUAAUUUUAUUUACAGGGAAUUAUGGAAUUUAAAUAUUGCCUUUUUGUUUUGUCUGUCAAGAGUAUUCA